AUGGCGUCCAAAGAGCCUCUUCCAGAAACCCCCGAGCGGUCAUCAACGUCGACCCUGGGCGACUACGAACUGGACACCCAGUAUCUGAUGAGCAACGAGAAGGCGCGCAAGAGAAACUCAUCUCAGCAGAAGCGCAACUGGGUCUUCCUGGCCGUCAACUCCUUCAUCCUGCUGCUCAACAUUGGGGCGCUCCUCAUGAUGGGCGUGACCAAAACCGUCACCGUGACUCACCGAGAAAAUGAAUUUCCCGACUUACCGCAUCAGGAAUGGAUAGACGGUGUGAUAGAUUGGGAACUGCAGGUGUACGAUGACCAGUUUACGAACCACGGCCAGUUCCGUGGCGUGCCUCGUCCAGAGCUGGACGAUGCUUGGUCCGAGAUUCUGCAGAAUUUCACUCUGCGUAUUCCCAAGCCUGGCUGGAGAAACGCAAGCACGCCCACCAGCAUUCUCACCGAGUGGGGCGAUGAGGAGGGAGGCAUCAUGGGAACCUUUUCCUUCUUGCACAACAUUCACUGUCUGAGAACCAUUCGACAAUACAUGCUGCCGGAUGCGUACCCCAAGAUUGCGGAAAAGUACAAGCCGGGACCCAACUCUCCUAUUCCUACACACAUUGACUUUUUAGAUCACUGCAUUGACAUUCUCCGUCAAUCCGAGCUCUGCCACGCCGACAUGGCCCUCAUGACCUUUGAGUGGCGCGAGGGCGAGCACGACCCCGUCAACAUCCACCACACUCCUCACGUCUGCGCCAACCCGAACAAAAUCACAAAGUUCCUGGAGCAGCACACCGUUUUUCCUUUUGGCCUUCUUCGCAACCCUUUCAAUGGAGAGGUACCGACUUGGGAGACGAACCCUGUCUAA